AUGUCGACGACAGAGUCCUCACACCCAUCGGAAAGCUUCUUCUCAAAUCUACUCAAGCCAGGUUCCUCACUCAGUCCAACGUUUCUUCUCGUCCUCGAUGGCGCGUUCGCUAUUCUACUUACGAUCUUUGUUAUCCUGUUGUUCUUGCUGUCCGGAAGUAUGCACAUCGUCGUGCUUAUUGGCGUUGAAUUGUGUUUAUGGGCUAGCGUGAAAUGGUGGGUUUCUGCGCCUCAUGGUGCUUUUUAA